GAACACGUUCUCAGUAGUGGAUGCUGUUGUAUGGUCAGCUCUAAUCAAUACUGACCUGGCUGUGACGGCUCCUGAGAACGUCCAGAAAUGGGGACAGAGGCUCGCCUCUCUACCGGCGUUCAAACCUGUGAAUUCUCUACACACAACAGUGACAUAAUUCAGCUGUCAGCUAAGCAUUUGGAUACUGGUGAUACCUUUUCUACAUACAUCAGACCCGCCGGUGGCUAUAUUCCGCCAAAAAUUACAUCCAUCACCGAAAUCACUAUUCGUGGAGAGCAAAUGUUUUAUAACAUGACACCGGUUGAAUCUACAGACACGUUAACUGGCCUGUCGUCGUUUUCCGAGUGGUUGAAGAAAUUUAACAACCCUGUCCUGAUUGCACACAAUGCAGCUUUUGACACAAGAAUAAUACUAAAUAGCUUCCUGCAUUGUAGUGUAAGCCAUUCGCACAUUCAUGGUUUUGCGGAUAGUUUAAAGUUAUGCAAAGAAGUCUUUCCAGGACAUUCAAGCUACAAAUUAUCUGCUAUCAUCAAGGAUAUAUUGAAACAAGACUUCAAUGCUCACAACGCCAACGAUGAUGUUGCUGCCCUUGCAGACCUGCUACAAACAGUCGACGAUCUACCGAAGAAGCUUCAGAUUACGCUCUUACAAGAAGCUCAUAAUAAACUUAACAAACUUAAGAAUGAAAUCGAGUUCCUGCCGACAUAUGAUAGGUAUGUUAAUGAAAAGGUACUAGCAAAAACCACAGCAAAAGAAUUGGCCGGUACUGGACUGGACGGGAGGCUGCUACAAGAAACGUACCGCUGUUCUGGGCGCGAUGGGCUCUCAGAACUACUUAGAAAUAGAUUAGUAAAAUCGGCAAAACCAAUCACAAAUUUAUCAUCCUAUUUUGAAUCAAUAUAUAAUUCAGCCUGUUCAACUGCUUCACAUGUGCAGAAUGUAUGAAGUGUUUUGAAAUGAAGAUGUGAUUUUUAUGGCCUUAAAUUACAACUGUUUCACGUUAAGUUUUUCUUCAAAUGACACUACCAUUUACGAUCGCAAUACAUGAUGCAGUUUUGUUUAAUAUUUUUUUCCAAUAAGCAAUGAAACACAAAUGGGUGUUUUAUCUAUGAUUAUUUUUAUUCUUAUUAAAAUGAUUGUGAGGGUUAAAUGACGCAAUUUUAGCCCGAAUAUCCAUGGAUUGAAUUUGUCCAGGCUGUAUCCUGACAUGAAGGUUAAUCAUGACGAGUGGCGUGUCGCGCACAAGACCCAGGUCUGCACCUAAAAUGUCAAGAUCAAGGUUAGAGGUUUGAGGUUGAAAUUAUCCUUGUCCGAGCUGUAUGUUGACCAUGCAUUUUAGGGUGUAUAUUUAUAACCUUUUAACCUUUUCUGGUUAGAUGGACAAUGCAUUGUGACAUAUAUUACGAUAAUCAGUUUUAACACACGCACACACGCAUUGUGAUAUGUACAUAGAAGUGUUUGUGCAUUACUGUCUGGGGAAAUUCAUAUUUUUUUAUACGUAAAUAUCAGUGUUUGGAAUAAUCAUACAAAUAGUAACCGAUUUCCUGGUACAUUAUGCAGACAUGUGCAAGCAAGCAAGCAAGAAAUAAUAUGCGAGCGAAGCGAUCAAGUAACGAAAGUUCGUGCAUAUUACGACAUAUCAGAACAUGCCCAACAAGGCUUCUAUAAAUUCAGCUACACAAAAGGCAGCUGAUAUCUUUAUUCUAAAAAGUUUUUUUUUAAACUGUUUUUACGCUGUCAACUUCUGUAUCAUUUUAAUAAAUUAUUAAAAAAUAAAUAUUAAUUUGAGUAAAAUUUACUAUUCCAAUAUCAUAAGAUUUCCCUUUUAUAAUUAAUGUAUACGUGAAGGGCGGCCUUUAAUGUUUCCUCUGCUGGCCCAAAACCACACUAAAACUAAAGUCAAAUCCCAAUCUCAGACUCUACUCAUUUUACCACAUAACAUAAUUUUUUUAUAUAUUUUUAAACCAUUUAAAAGUAUUAUCUCUCAAGAGAAUAUGUUGUUUAAAUAGUUUGGUAAAAAUUACAAAGAAAAAAUAUUAUACAGCAAAAAAAAAUGUUGUUGAAUACAACUCAUGGUUCUUUAACGGUUGCUUAAGUGUUUUUUUUACUCUUAGUAUUUGUUAUUUUUAUAAAAAAAUAAAUCCAAGGUAUUUAUCAACACAUUCUAUCAGAGAAUAUGUUUAUAAAAACUGUAAAAAAACCAUAUAAUUUCUUGAUGACUUGAAAUGUUUUCACAAAGUUAUUUUUCAUUUUUAUUGUGUUAAUGAUUAUCAUCAUUUCAUUAUAUUCAUAUCCAAUCUCAUCAUUUCAUCAUUUUAAUUUGCUUCAUGUUUUUCUCAUGUUUUUAGGAUUUCAUGUUGUUUCAAAUUUUUAGAUUUAUGUUUAACAGUAUUACAUGUCUAAUCUUAUUGUUUGAUUAUAAGUAUCUUCCAUGGCCGAGAGUGUUA